AAAUUUGUGCAUUUUUUUGAAAUUUUUUGUUUUUUUCUAGUUAAUUUACAUCUUUCUUUCUCGUUAAUGUAUGAUUUUUUUUCUGGUAAAUUUACGUCUGUUUCCACGUAAAUUUGACUUUUUUUCUCGUAGAUUUGCGUUAAAAAAGUAGUAAAUAUACAACUUUGAAACAUGGAAAUUUACUUGAAAAAAGUCAAAGAUUUAGACUAUGACUUUGUAAGUUAUACACAUAAACUUUAGUCUUAUAAUUUAACAGUUACAACUUUUUCUUUGUGAAUUUGUGAGAUUUAAAGUGGAAAAUUUACGACUUUUAAACAGACAUUUACAAGGAAAAAAGUCAGGAAUUUAGCCAAUAGUUAUAAAUAAAUGACUAUUCUCAUAAUUUAACAGUUACCUCUUUUCUCGUAUAUUUAUGAGAUUUAAAGUUGUAAUAAAAAAAGGUUUUGUUUGUAAACUCUGUCGAAGGUCUGAGGUUUGCAAAAAAACUGUCAGUGUGUCAGAUUAUUGAAUGCUGUUCUGAAUUUUAAUUCUAAUCAUUCAUAUUUUAAUUGUUAAAUGCAAAAAAAAAUUAAAAUAUGCAAAUGUAAUUAGGCGUCUCUGUGUGUUUAGUAAACAGAUGUUUUAUUUUUCAUUUUUAUGCAGCACAAUAACUGCCAGAGCAAUGACCGCCACUUUUCUGCUGUAUUUAUUGUAAAUUCUGUUGAAAAAGUUUCUUUUUACUGGAAUCUUAAGGGGUGAAAAAAACAACAUUCAUCCUUUAUUUAUUUCUCUAUUUUUCUGUAAAAGAAUAAAAUCAGGAACUCAGAGACCAACUUUGGGGUUAAAAUUAUUUAAUCUGUUUUUUUUUAAAUUAUUUUCUUCUUCUUCUUUUUUUUUUUUUUUACUCAUUUUGGAAGAAAAAAUGUUGAAAACCUGAAAAGUUUCCACCUCACAAUCAACCAGUGCAGAUAAACAGAUGUCAGCUCCUCCUCCCCUGUGCGUGUUGUGCUAAUGGCUCAGAUCUUCUGGAAUCUGAAAGGCAUUAUGGGAGAUUUUAGGGCGGGAGUGAUGCGCUGAGCAGAGUCAGCCAAGUGCUAAAGCCUCAUCUGUGCACACAAACUCGCCGCCAUUGGAUGAGGGCGCAGCUUUAGCGAGGAUUUGCUUUGCAUUAACCCUGAGAGGGAACACACAGCCAGCUGGAGCACAGAGAGAACGCUAGACGGGAGUAAACAAAGACGAAGCUUCCAUCACUUCUGCACCAAACUUCAGGACAUGUGAGCUGGACGGGUGGAGCUGAAGUCCUCAAACAAACUGGUACCCAGAGACAGCUCAGAGACGGCAGGACGCAGCAGAAUGGGGCACCCCAGGGUGCCGCUCUCCCACAAACAUGCAGGAACUCACAGGGAUAAAAACGUGUCCAGUCGGCUGCAGCCCUGCAACGAUGACUCUGUUGUUGUCUUCCAAGAUAACUUAAAUAAUGCUCUGGGCGCCAUCAGAGUUCUUGGGAUCGAGCUGAUCGAAGAUGAACUGAAGCCCCACCUGAACACUGUGCUGACCAACAUUAGAGAAAGAAAGAAGGGCGCCGCUGAGCAGGUUGUCAUCAGUGGGAUUUUGCCAAUUUUGGCUCUAUCUCUGAGGAGGAGGGGGCCUCUGACUCUGCUGACCGCACAGCUGGUGGCUGAACUUGCCAAAGAAUCUGUGGUCCGUAAAGGAUUUGGAGACGCUGGUUUGGUGACGGCUCUACUGUCGGUGUUGACCAGCACAAACGAAGAGCUGCUCAUCUACGCCGUAACGGCCAUCUCCCGCAUGUCUUACGACAGCGCUAAGCAGCAGGAGCUGUUACUUCGCAGAGGGGCGGUACCGCGCCUCGUGAGUAUCCUGUUCAGAUUUACUGACAAGGAGGUUCUGGAGGAGGUGUGCCUCAAGGCGCUUUGCAAUGUCAGCGGCAUGGGAAUGGCCGAGGAGGCCGGGAUGAUCUGGGAGAGGGGGCCGUCCCUGAGGCCGGGGGAGUCGGUGUUUCACGGCGUUUCCCCUCACACCUGCGGCUUUGCCUUCUCCGUGACUCUGGUCCGGGUCUCCCAGUGGGGGCCGGGUCAGUUCUUGGUCAGCAUAGAAAACUUCCAGCGCUGCUCCUCCUCCUUCUGGAACCUUCACGGGAACAAACGGGCCACAGGCUGGUUCCCCUUCUUCAGCGUGGGAAGCUGCUCGAAUUUCUUCAAGCUGAUGAAGUUCUCAACCAGGAAUAUUCCUCGGACAAAGAGCCUGAAGACUCGCGUGUUCCAUACCUUCCUAUGACAGCUCAAUAACUCUUCACACGGUGGCCUGAAAAGACUGGAUCAAAAAGCUUUUAUGAGAAAAACUGUAGUUUUUCAUGUCUUGUGGGUCAGCUGUUCUUAGCAGCCAACGUUGAUUGCAGCAUUUUUUUACUCGUUCAUAUGUAGACUCACAAAGUACAAAGAUUGUUUUUUUUUAGGAUCCAAAAAGACGUAAUAAAACAAAAAUUGGAUAUUACUGGGAAUGCAUUAGAAAUAUGGAGAAAGGAGAACUUUCCCUAAAAAAACUUUUGACUUCAAAUGUAACACAAAUCAAUUUAAAGUCAGUCUGAUUUCUUUAAGCACAUUCAUGAAAGUAAUACAAAAAUGUUGCAUUUUAUUUACAGGAUGAGAUGUAAAGCUAUCUGUUUUCAUUGUGCCACUGCUUUUUUCAAGGCAAUCAAACCAUAAAAGUAUGUUUAUGUGAAAAUGAUAAUGACAUGCAGAUGCCCUUGAUGCUGCUUUUUUCACAAGUGCUUAGAAUGAUUAAAAAUAUUUGUCAGUGAUAGUAAAAAAGGUGAAAAACUCAUAAAAUACUCAGUGUGGCAAAACAUUUUUAACGCUCACUGGUUCUGCAAGUUGUCCUACUAACAAAUAUGAAAAUAUUCUGUAAUGUUCAUUAUAAGGACACGUCAACUUGGAGAGUCAGAGAGGGUCAAAGAGCUAUCAAAGGGCACCAUGUAUAAGAUCAGAGAGCUGUCAAAGGACAUCAGGAAUAAGGCCAAAGAGCUACCAAAGGGCACCAGGUACAAGACCAAAGAGUUGUCAAAGGACACCAGGGACAAGACAAAAGAGCUGUCAAAGGACACCAUGAACAAGACCAAAGAGCUAUUAAAGGGCACCAGGUACAAGACCAACGAGCUAUCAAAGGGCACCAGGUACAAGACCAAAAAGCUGUCAAAGGACACCAGGAUCAAGUCCAAAGAGUUGUCAAAGGACACCAUGGACAAGACCAAAGAUCUAUCAAAGGACACCAUGAACUAGACCAAAGAACCGUCAAAGGACACCAGGGACAAGACAAAGGAGCUGUCAAAGGACACCAUGAACAAGACCAAAGAGCUAUCGAAGGGCACCAGGUACAAGACCAAAGAUCUCUCAAAUGGCACCAGGGACGAGACCAAAGAACUGUCAAAGGACACUGGGAACAAGACUGUUGACCUAAACAUGAGUGGGUUGAACCAAUCCACAUAAGACACCUGAAUAGAGCUGGGACUACAGUAAUGACAGUCACUAGAGUAAUACUCAUAAACUCACGCUGUGCUGAGCUUCAAUUGUUCUCCUGCUUAAGUCAGCACGUCCAGACUUGUCUAAAGUUUACCAGAUGCCAUCUGGAUGAUCCAGAGGAGGAUUGGGAGAAUGUCAUUUGGUUAGAUGAGACCAAAUUGGAACUGUUUGGUAAAAACGCCACUCGGCGUGUUUGGAGGGAAAAGAAUGUCCAGUUAUAUCCCAAGAACACCAUAUCCACUGUGAAGCAUGGAGUUGGAAACAUCAUGAUUUGGGGCUGCUUUUCUACAAAGAGGACAGGAUGACUGAUAGGUAUUAAGGAAAAAAACUAAUGUGGCCAUGAGUGGUAAGUUUUUGGUGAAAAAAGCAUGGGAGAGCAUUGAAGAUAAAACAAGGCUGGACCUUCCACCACGGCAGCAAAGGAGUAGUUGUAUGAAAAUCGUUGUAAGUUUGUGGAGUGGUUUUACCUGUAUCUGGACCUCCAUCCAACAGAGAAACUAUGACAGGAAGUUGUAAGUCAGUUUUGCCAAGCAUCAGCCUCAAAAACAUCACAGCUCUUGAGAAGAUCUGCAUGUAGGAAUGGACCAAAGCAGGGCAAAAACAGGAAAUGUUUGACGUCUGUCACUUCCAACCAGGGUUAUAUUACAAAGCAUCACGCUGUUGACCAAAUACUUAAUUUCUGUACCUUUAUGCAAAUAAUUGAAUAUAAAAAACAUUAUUUCCUUUGUUUACAUUGUGUCACAAUUGAAGUUUUUUGUGUAAUGAACAUACAAAGUCCUGUUUUUAUGUGGGACAAUUUGCAGAAUUGGUAACUGACAAUUACCUUUAACCCCUCAGCACGUAUUUAGUCACUAAAUAUUGAACGUGUCCUUUGACUCUCCUAACAUUUAAAAAUAUCUAGUUAUGUAUUUAAUGUGCUCCUUAGAAUGAAAGCAUUAUUUUUUUAUUUAAGAGUUUUAUGCCACUGUAUAUACAGACAGUCUUUGUCUGAGACACUCUUUAAUACGCCUUUCAAUUAAAAGUAAUUGAAGGACAGUUUUCCCAUUGAAAUAACCAGUUUGUCAUAUGAGCGUGUGCAUUUUCAUGUAUUUCUAUGCUGUUGGGGGGUAACACUGCUGGAAAUUUUAAACUUGUGCUUUAAAACAACGUAAGAGGAAAUUUUUUGUUCAAAUUGUAAAAUUAGACAUCAAAGUCUGCUGCUGCAGCAAAUAAAGCUCCAAGUCAAAUUUUGGUAUAAAAUCAUAAAUAAGUUUAAACAAGUGGCGGACAAACAUUUGAACCAUAAAGUCGUAAAAUUGCUACAUAAAACUUAGAAUUUAUUGGCUAAAUAAGUAUUUUUUUCAAUAAAAAUGUGAUUAAUAAGGAUCAGUUUGUUCUAUUUUUUUUUCACUUUUGUUACAUGAUGUUAAAAUAUAUUUUGUUUAACUUCUGAUCCUUUUAUUUGAUUAAAACAUACAUUCAACAAGCCAUUGUGACAAUUUGUUUUGGGUAAUUGAUAUUUAGAAAUAAAGAUGUCUAAAAAAAUGUCUGGGUUUUAUACUGAUGCAUUGUUUUUAAAUCCAUACAUUUGUUAUUUUUAAAUAUUAAAAUUGAUUGAUUGAAAAUAAUGUUUUUCAAUAGUAUAAAAAUUGCUUAAGAGUAAAAUGAAAUAUUUUUCACAAUGUUUUGAAUGGAAUGUAAUUUAGAUGUCUAUGUUUUGUUUCCUACUGCAUUUUAAUGUAUUCAUUAUUACGUUUCAUUUUUAAAUUAAUACAAUUUUGAAUAUUUUGGUGUGCUCUAUGUAGUUUUGUGGACUGUGGUCUGCUUUUUGUCCUCUAAAAUCUUGUCAAAUAGAAAUUUUAAAUCAUUUUCCUGCAUUAAUGUAUCAAAACAAGCCCAUCAUUUUAAAUUUAACACAAAAAUACUGUUUUUUAAGAUAACUUAAUUUUUCCACAAUGACUGGGCAACUUUUUUCAGAAAAA